GAACCCUGAGCGCCUUGAGCUGCCACCGGGAUGGGGCGGGCCCCGGCCGCCGCCAUGAUCCCCGGCUUGGCCCUGCUCUGGGCCGCAGCGCUGGGGGUUGCUGCCCCUAGCACCCCACGCCUGCGGCUCUCCUUCCAAGAGCUCCAGGCCCGGCAUGGUCUCCGGACCUUCCGGCUGGAACGGACCUGCUGCUAUGAAGCACUUCUGGUGGAUGAGGAGCGUGGACGCCUGUUUGUAGGUGCUGAGAACCAUGUGGCCUCCCUCAGCCUGGACAACAUCAGCAAACGGGCCAAGAAGCUGGCCUGGCCGGCCCCUGUGGAAUGGCGAGAGGAGUGCAACUGGGCGGGGAAGGACAUUGCUACUGAGUGCAUGAACUUCGUGAAGUUGCUACAUGUUUACAACCACACUCACUUGCUGGUCUGUGGAACGGGGGCCUUCCACCCCACCUGUGCAUUUGUGGAGGUGGGCCACCGGCUGGAGGAGCCCAUGCUUCGCCUGGACCUUCAAAGCCUAGAGGAUGGCAAGGGGAAGAGUCCUUAUGACCCAAAGCAUCGGGCUGCCUCCGUGCUGGUGGGGCAGGAGCUGUACUCAGGGGUGGCCGCAGACCUCAUGGGCCGGGACUUUACCAUCUUCCGCAGCCUGGGCCGGCGGCCGAGUCUCCGCACAGAGCCACACGACUCCCGAUGGCUCAACGAACCCAAGUUUGUUAAGGUCUUUUGGAUCCCGGAGAGCGAGAAUCCAGACGACGACAAGAUCUAUUUCUUCUUCCGUGAGAUGGCGGUGGAGGCAGCUCCGGCAUUAGGACGCCUGUCGGUGUCCCGCGUCGGCCAGAUCUGCCGGAAUGAUGUAGGCGGCCAGCGCAGCCUGGUCAGCAAGUGGACAACGUUCCUGAAGGCACGGCUGGUGUGCUCGGUGCUAGGCGUUGAGGGCGACACCCACUUUGAUCAGAUUCGCUCCAUCCCUACAGAGGAUGUGUUCCUACUGCCCUCGAGAGACCCCCGAAACCCGCUGCUCUACGCUGUUUUUUCCACGUCCAGUGGCAUCUUCCAGGGCUCCGCAGUGUGCGUGUACAGCAUGAAUGACAUACGCCGGGCCUUCCUGGGACCUUUCGCACACAAAGAGGGGCCCAUGCACCAGUGGGUGUCUUACCAGGGCCGCGUCCCUUACCCGCGGCCUGGCAUGUGCCCUAGCAAGACAUUUGGCACCUUCAGUUCCACCAAGGACUUUCCCGAUGAUGUCAUCCAGUUUGCCCGCAACCAUCCCCUCAUGUACAAUUCUGUUCUGCCCAUGGGGGGGCGCCCUCUUUUCCUGCAAGUGGGCGCUGGGUACACUUUCACCCAAAUCGUUGCUGACCGAGUAGCAGCUGCUGAUGGACACUACGAUGUCCUCUUCAUUGGCACAGACACUGGCAUGGUGCUGAAGGUAAUCUCUGUCCCCAAGGGCAGCCGGCCUAGCUCCGAGGGGCUGCUCCUAGAGGAGCUGAAUGUAUUUGAGGAUUCAGCUGCUGUCACCAGCAUGCAGAUCUCCUCGAAGAGGCAUCAGCUGUAUGUAGCCUCACGGAGCGCGGUGGCCCAGAUCGCGCUGCACCGAUGCGCUGCCCAUGGCCGCGCCUGUGCCGAAUGCUGCCUGGCGCGUGACCCAUACUGCGCCUGGGAUGGGGCCGCAUGCACACGCUUCCAGCCCAGUGUCAAGAGGCGGUUCCGGCGACAAGAUGUCAGGAACGGUGACCCCAGCACGCUGUGCUCUGGAGACAUGUCCCGCCCCACGCUACUGGAGAGGAAGGUGUUUGGUGUGGAGGGUGGCAGCGCCUUCCUGGAAUGUGAGCCCCGCUCUCUGCAGGCGCGCGUGAACUGGACCUUCCAGCGUGUAGGGGAGCAGGCCCGAACUCAGGUGCCAGCAGAGGGACGCGCCGAGCGCACCGCACAGGGGCUGCUGCUGCGCGGGCUGCGGCGCGGGGACUCGGGCGUGUACUUGUGCGCCGCUGUCGAGCACGGCUUUUCGCAGCCGCUGCGUCGCCUGGCGCUGCACGUGCUGAACGCUGCGCAGGCCGAGCGACUGGCGCGGAUCGAGGAGGCUGCCCCCGCUGCACCACUGGGCCCCAAGCUCUGGUACCGGGACUUCCUGCAGCUGGUGGAGCCCGGCGGCGGCGGCGGCGGCGCGAACUCCUUGCGCAUGUGUCGCCCGCCACCCGCGCCGCGCCCACCACUCCCUGAACAACGGAGGAAGGGCCGCAAUCGGCGGACGCAUGCCCCCGAGCCGCGCGCUGAGCGGGGCCCGCGCAGUGCUACGCAUUGGUGACCAG